AUGGAAGUGCCCCACUUCCAACCAGUCUCAACCAAUUGCAGCUAUUUCCACGAUGCAUUAGCCUCCCACAUGGAGUUUAUGUCGAUCAUUCAGCCACAGAACCUCGAAGUCUUGACAAAGUUUCGCGACAGAUGUAUCGCCGAUAUCGUUGCCGUGAAUAAUUUAUUUCCGUACAUACACUCCGAAGCUGUACAAACAUGUUUGGCCGGAUGGAUGGCAACCGUGUGUAUCACAGACGACAUUCUGGAACGAAUGUCCCCGGAGAGCGCUUUGAAAACACUGGAGGAAUCCAUUUGGACAUUGCGAGAAUCGGGAUUUCCCAGUAUGAUCUCACCAACCCAAUUGAAAAAUUUAGGGUAUAUUGAUUUUCAUGAUACAGAAUCUCGUCAGAUCGGAGUGCCAUUCAUCUUCACGGCGUUCUAUAAUCAUGCUAAAACACACCUGAACUCUACUCAGAUCCUCCGCAAGCUAGUUGACGACAUUUGCGAAAUGUGUGAAGGUCAGCGCGAUGAAGUCUUUUUUCGUCAGGGUAGACUGCACCACGACAUGGACGUCUAUAUGGGUAUCCGCAAAAGAACGAUGGGUGUCCUCCCUUCUUUCACGAUAAUGAGCGUUCUGACGAUCAACACGGAGACAGAGUGUGUUGCUACACUCAAAGAUCUUGGUGACAUGGUUUGCCAAGCGGUAGGGCUUCAGAAUGAUAUUGCAGGGCUCGAUAAAGAUAUACGAGACGGGGAGAUUAUGAACUCUGUCCUGGUGUUAGCCAGAGAGCAAAUCAGCCAAAUCGCGGACCAAGAAUCCAUCGUACUACACGAUGUCACAAGAAAGGUUUGUGACGAUCACAACCGUUAUGUUUUGGCGGCAGUCGAGGCCUGGGAGCGGCUUGAAGCAUGUACUGGAAAGAACUACACUCAAAGUUUGCUUGGAAUCAUUAUUCUAGAAUUUGCUGAGACUCAUCUGAAAUGGUGUCUCUCUUCAAAGAGGUAUCACGUCAGGUGA